AUAACAACGUCGCAAGCUAUUCUAAAGUCAGAACCCAUUCCAAUAUGUCUCCUGCGAACCUCCCGAUUAUCGUUAUCGUUCCAGGUGCCUUUGGCACCCCCCAAGGCUUCGAGAAAUUGCUACCGCAUCUGACCGAAGCCGGAUACGCAACACACCCAGGAUCAUACCCCAGUUGCAACCCCUCUGAUCCGGCCAAUGUGUCUUCCCCCCAGGAUAUCGCUCACUUGCGUGACAAUGUGCUACUCCCUCUCUUGAACGAAGAAGGAAAAGAUGUCGUCAUCAUCGCACACUCAUACGGGGGUGUUGUGGCAGGUGGCGCAGCAAGAGGACUUGCAAAGGGGACCAGAACAACCCAAGGUCAAUCGACUGGCGUGAUUGGCCUUAUUUACGUGGUGGGCAACAUCACACUCGAUGGUGAAUCUCUGUUCAAUGCGGUAGGCGGUGCUUACCCCCCUUUUAUCAAAGUCGACAAGCCAUCUCAGGGCCUCGCUGUCAUCGAACCAGCGAUGGACGUUUUGUACAAUGACUGCGACCGUUCCCUUCAACCGGAAUUGGAUAGGCUAAUGCAGCCACAUGCACUCCGAGCUUUUGAAACUGCCGCCACUGCGCCAGCGUGGGCGGAAAGUGCAUUUGACGGUAGGAGAGCAUAUGUGCGUACUUUGGACGACUGUUGCAACCCUUCAUCGUUGCAGGAUAUGUGGCUGGAGAAGUCCAAGGUUGAAUGGGAAGUUGUGGAUUUUAAGACCGGACACAUGCCUUUUGUGAGCCAGCCUCAGGCUUUGGCGGAGCAGGUUACCAAAUUCAUUGAUGGUUUUAUGGCAAAGUAAAUAGUUUAUACAGAGUCUAUCACAUGGUGUAGGCUUCACAACACACACCAGUCACGUUUACUCGCUCCAUGACUUAUUGCCAACUGGCACCAUUCCUAUGCAUACGGCCUGGCCAAC